AUGGCAUCCGACAAGACCGUCAUACUCGUCACUGGUGCAACCGGUGGUAUCGGCUACGAGACGGUAGCAGCUCUGUCGGCAGCCUCGUCUGAUUUCCAUGUGCUGCUGGGCAGCCGGUCGGUUGAAAAAGGCGAGAAGGCUCUAGCAGACCUGCAGUCGACCUAUGGCCAAUCACUGAAGAGCUCAAUCUCGGUCAUCCAGCUCGACGUCUGUGACCAGCAGUCGAUCCAGUCCGCCAAGGCCGAGAUUGACACAAAGUUCGGGAAGUUGGACGUUCUCAUCAACAACGCCGGCAUUAUCGUCUACCAGCAGGUGGACCAACUGACGAUGCUGCGUCAGACCUUCGAGACCAACGUUUUUGCCCAGCAGAUAGUGACCGAAACGCUGGAGCCGUUGCUCCAAAAGUCGGCCAAUCCUUACGUCAUCUACAUCACGUCCGAGAUGGGCUCGGUUACUAAGCGCCUGGACCCUACCUUCAAGUUCGACAAGAUACGCGGUGAACCAUACCGUAUGAGUAAAUCCGCCCUCAACAUGCUAGCCGCUUGUCAUCGUCACAACUACGCGGAUUGGUGCAAAGUCCUAGCUUUCAACCCAGGCUGGUGCGUUUCCAAUUUGAGUGGACCGCAGGGCCGUGAAAUGCGUAAGAAGGGUGGUGCCAGGGACCCUAAGGAGCCGGCCCUUGUGCUUGCUGAUGUUGUGUUGGGAAAGAGGGACGAGGACAUUGCUAAGAAUGGCAUGGUUGACGUUGAUGGUGGCGUUUUGCCCUGGUAG